UACUUAUUGUCACUCAAAAUUCAUCAAACAAACAAACAAUGGAACAAGGAGACUUGCAUCAAGAAAAAUCAAGCAUCCAUGAAGAGUUACAAACACAUUUACUCAAUGACCAUAAUCAUGUUCAUAAGGGUGGUCUUAGAACCAUGCCAUUCAUCAUAGUGAACGAAGCGUUUGAGAAGGUUGCGAGUGACGGGUUGUUGGCGAACAUGAUUUUUUAUCUAAUGCAAGUUUAUCACAUGGAAGCUGUAACUGGAACUAGUGUGCUUUACAUUUGGUCAGCAUGUUCAACCGGUCUAUCUGUUUUGGGGGCUUUCGUUUCGGACUCUUAUUUGGGUCGGUUUCGGGUCAUUGCAUUCGGGUCUAUCUCCAGUCUUGUUGGGGUAAGUUUUCUCUGGUUGACAUCCAUUGUACCACAACUAACACCUUCAUGUUCAUCUUGCCCGCCAACACCGGCCCAACUCGGUGUCCUUUUCGGAUCAUUGGGUCUAAUCUCAAUCGGGUCGGCCUGCAUCAAGCCAUGUUCUAUAGCCUUUGGUGCAGACCAACUCAAACACCAUAACAACCAACGGCUCAUCGAUAGCUACUUUAAUUGGUACUAUGCUUCCGCGACAAUUUCCACUAUUAUUGCUUCUACUGUUGUCGUCUACAUUCAAGACCGAUUUGGUUGGCGGGUCGGGUUCGCGGUUCCUGUUUUGGUUAUGCUAUGUUCUGCUCUUAUGUUCUUACUCGGGUCGCCUCUUUAUGUUAAAGUGAAAGUCAAGAAGAGCCCGUAUUCGGGUUUCAUUCAAGUCUUAGUCGUUGCUUUUAGGAACCGUAAGAUCCGUCUUCAUCCCGGUGACUGCUAUAAUCAUAGCAACGAUAUGGAUCGGGUUGAGCUAACCGACAAUUUGAGGUUUCUUAACAAAGCAUGUGUUGUUAGAGAUGGAACCAUUUGUUCUUCGGGCUCAAACCCGUGUAGGGUCCCCACAGUCGAAAAGGUGGAAUCCCUUAAAUCCUUGAUUCGGAUAAUACCUCUUUGGUCAUCGGGCAUUCUACUUUUCACGAACAUUGUACAAAAUUUUCCGACGCUUCAAGCCAAGAAAAUGAACCGAAACAUCACCUCAUGGUUCGAGAUCCCGGCUGGAUCAUUCAGUGUGUUCAUGGUCUUGACAGUUGCAAUAUGGGUCAUGUUUUACGACCGCAUUUUGGUCCCAUUUCUAGCAAAAUUUACACACGAGCCACGCGGGCUUAACCCAAAAACCCGAAUGGGAAUCGGGUUAAUAUUGUCAAUCAUAGCCAUGGUAGUAGCCGCAAUCGUGGAAACCAUAAGGCGUGAUUUAGCAAACUCAAGCACCUCGGUUGACGUGUCAGCAAUGUGGUUGCUCCCACAAUUUGUGUUACUAGGUUUAUCACAGGCGUUUAAUGCGGUCGGGCAGAUUGAGUUUUAUUAUUCCGAGCUCCCAAAAUGUAUGGCGAGUUUAGCGAUGGCGGUGUUUAUGGUGGGCGGUGCGGCUGCUGCGGUCGUUGGAUACCUUUUAACUAAUAUUGUGGACUCUAUUACACGCCAAGGAGGCGGCGUAAGUUGGAUAUCGAGUGAUAUCAACGAGGGCCAUGUGGAUUACUACUAUUGGUUGUUUAGUUUUUUGAAUUUGCUCAACUUUUUGUACUACUUAAUCUGUUGUCGUGUUCAUCGGAGUUUUUCUUCGUUGGAAAGUAGGUUGUCACAUGAUGUUGAAGAAGAAGGAUCUAAUAGCAUUGAAGACAAUCUUUGA